GUAUUGGGCGACAGAAUAGCGAUUAUGUCUGAAGGAGUGCUCAAGUGUUGCGGUUCUCCGAUGUUUCUGAAGAAGCGAUUCGGCGCCGGAUAUCACCUCAGAAUCGCAAAGACAGACAAAUACAACAAACAAUCGGUUGACACGACUCUUAAGAAGUAUUUGCCGGACAGUCGUCUUCAAAGUGAGAUCAAUACUGAAGUGAUUUAUUCACUCGAAUCCGACGACCGCUCGAAACAGACCGACAAAAACAUAUUCCCGAAACUCUUCGACGAACUCGAGAGCCGUAAACAAGAGCUCGGAUUCAAUUCAUUUGGCAUAACUGUGACCACAAUGGAAGACGUGUUCCUCAAAGUCGGUUCCCAUGAAGAGGUGGACAACGGAAAGAAGGCUUCACAGGAGAAGAUUGAAAAGCAGUACAAGAAUGAGGACGGCUUUAAACUGAUCCAAAUGUCAGUAUUGGGUCUUCUGGUGAAGCGUUUCCAUUACAGUCGUAGACAUUGGGCGAUGUUGUUGUUCCAGAUCGUCAUUCCGGCCGUACUCUUCAUACUUGUCUUUCUGGCCGACAAUAGUGUUAAAUCUGUUGCCACUGAGAAGUCUAAGUCAAUAACACUGGAUCUCCAGGAACUAUACGGCCGUACGAUUGGAUUCUAUCACGACUUCGACCCAACGACUCACGACUUCGGCGCCAAUCACUACAUACCGAACGCUGAGAGACACGGCGUGACCGCAGACGUAUUGACCAAAACAACUGAUCCAAAGGAUUGGCUGCUGGAAAAGAGUCGCGUCUUUGAGCAAUACGUGAUGAAGUAUGUGUUGGGCGGCGCCGUCAGCAACACGUCCGGUACACUUAGCCCCCAGAUAUGGUUUAACUACGAGUCCACUCAUUCACUCCCGCUGUCCAUAAACUUGAUGUAUGAGUCACUCGUCCGCCAAUCGGUGCUCAAACUUAAGGACUUCACGAUCACCACAAUCGUAGAACCGCUCAAAAGUUGGGUCUUCACCGGCAGCGGUAAAGACAAAGAGUAUUACAAUGCUUUGAUCCAAAAUAUGAUUGCCGCCGGCGUCUCGUGCAUACUCUUAAUGCCGAUUACGUUACCAUUUUUGGCCGCCUCUUACAUCAUAUACCCCAUCAUUGAGAGGGUCUCGAAGUCCAAAGCCCUGCAACUGAUGACUGGUCUGUCUUCGGCCGUGUAUUGGCUGACAAACUACUUGUUUGAUAUAUUGAACCACUUGUUAGCGAUAACCCUAUUAUCACUUGUGGUCUAUAUGUUUGACGUAAACCAAGCGUUCUUCAAGGGCUGGCAGUCGGGCACCGCUUUCUUCCUAUUGUUACUGGCAUUUGGUUUGUCGUCGAUAUCCAUAGCCUAUUGUCUGUCCUUUUGGUUCAACUCAUCGCCAAUCGGUUUCUCACUAUUACUGGUGUUUUAUCUGGUGUUUGGUUUCAUUGUAAACGCCAUUUAUUCGGGCCUUUACUUGAUGACAACGGGAGGGGCGGCGUUAGCGGGUCCGACCACAACGAUGGGCACUAAACAAGAGGACGGUUUCUUAUUGAUCAUACAUGCGUUCCGAUUGAUACCCAUAUUCUCGUUAAACUAUGGCUUCACAAAGAUUUACAUGAUUAAUGUGAACAAACAGUUGUGCGCCAAACAAAUGGAUGCGAUUAGAGAGUCUUCCGGCCAUCUUUGGCCCGCAAACACGUUUCCCACCGAAUGGCCCGACCGGUGGCCGGCAUUUUUCCCGGACGCCCCGCUUUACAACCAGAUGACAUCGUGUAAAUACUUGAAUCCGUUGAUUUUGAAUCCGGCGGGCAUUGGCCGCGAGCUCAUCGGUUUGAUAGUAUCGGCGCUGUUAUUCAUAAUCGUGUUAUUGAUUAUCGAAGAAAAUCUUUGCCUAAUGUUUAGCCGAAAGAAUUACUCACCGAAUCUCCAUCUCGUGUCCAAUGGUAGUCAAGACGCGGAUGUGUUGGCCGAACGACAGCGCGUGGAUCAGGUCAUGAAGAGCCCGGAGCUGAGGGCACAGGAGGGCAUUGUUGUGGUGAAUCUGUGUAAAAGUUUCGACAACUUUCAAGCUGUAGAUCACCUGACAUUCGGCGUCCAUAAGAACGAGUGCUUCGGUCUGUUGGGAGUGAACGGCGCCGGAAAGACCACAACGUUUUCAAUGCUCACCGGAGAGCUGUUCCCCGACGACGGCAACGCUUACAUCGAUUCCGUCGAUUUGGUUCAACAGCCGAAGUCUUUCGGUCGCCGUAUCGGCUAUUGUCCACAGUUUGACGCACUUCUGGAUCGACUGACCGGUGAAGAGCUGCUCUACUUAUUCGCUCGAUUGCGAGGAAUACCCGCCGAACACAUCGACGCCGCGAUCACAGCAGUCAUACACGCCAUUGAUCUCCAGCUUCACUGCAAACACACGACAAAGAACUACAGCGGAGGUAAUAAACGUAAACUAUCGCUGGGUUUGGCGAUCAUCGGUCGACCGGCGCUCGUAUUUCUGGACGAACCGACGGCAGGCGUGGAUCCGGUCGCCCGACGCAAGAUAUGGCAAACACUGGAUCUGUUGAAGAAUCGCCAGAACUCGUCGAUAAUACUGACCAGUCAUUCGAUGGAGGAGUCGGAAGCCCUUUGCGCUCGAAUAGCCAUUAUGGUUAACGGGAAGUUCAAAUGCUUGGGAUCUACACAACAGCUAAAGUCCAAGUUUGGACAGGGAUUCACUCUCAUCAUCAAAAUGAAGAUCGAUUUGGUGACCAAAGACCAGUCGUACCCGAACCGAGUGGACCAAUAC